AUGGGCUUUCCAGUGCUGAGGACUUCCCUCCUCUGCCUGAGUCUGAUUCUACAUCUUUGGAGCCAGGGGCCAGGCAUCCAGGGCCAAGAGUUCCAAUUCGGACCCUGCCGGGUGGAGGGAGUCGUCCUCCAGGAACUCUGGGAGGCCUUCUGGGCCAUGAAGGACAUUGUGCAAGCUAAGGAUAACAUCACGAAUGUCCGGCUACUACGGAAGGAGGUUCUGCAGGACGUCUCGAACGCUGAGAGCUGUUACCUUAUCCGUGCCCUGCUGAAGUUCUACUUGAAUACCGUUUUCAAAAACUACCAGGAUAAGGUAGCUGACUUCAGGGUCCGGAAGUCAUUCUCCACUCUGGCCAACAACUUCGUUGUCAUCGUGUCAAAACUACAGCCCAGUCAGGAAAAUGAGAUGUUUUCUGUCAGCGACAGUGCACGCAGGCGGUUUCUGCUGUUCCAGAGAGCAUUUAGACAGUUGGACAUAGAAGCGGCCCAGACCAAAGCCUUUGGAGAAGUGGACAUCCUCUUGACCUGGAUGGAAAAAUUCUACCAGCUCUGAAUGCCGA